AUGUCGCUUUGCCCAAACAACGACCUUCUCGCUGUCAAUUUUACGAUCCCGGGUGAACUUGAUAAGAUCCUUGUUGCCGGUGACCCCGACGAUUCGGAUUCACCAUCAGACGUAACAGUGACUCCAGCGCCCGACGCGUAUUACGAGCAUUGCAAGCAAAAAGGAUGCGCCCUGGAAUGGUCGAUGCAGCACUCCAAUAGCGAGGCCGGCGCUCAAUUUGCACCUCCCCGCAUGACCGCACAAUCUCCCUUCCAAACUCCUCAAGACCUCCGAGACUGGGGAUGGCAUGACGGUGUCAAGAUAUCGCAAGCUUACGAUGACCUCAGCAGCAUCUGGUGGGGAGCUGAUGUGGCACUGAAGGGCCUUCAGCUUCCUUGGAAGACAGAUGCCCAAGAGGGUCCCAAUCGUCUCACCAUUAUAGUGCACCAAGACCCCACUGCAGAUAUCAGUGUUAAUAAGCAAACUUACAACGUCGACGGAAAAGAAUACCGGGCUUCGGACGCUGAUUACACUAUGACUAUGAAUCUGCAAGAUGGUGUUAUCAUUGCCAUAAGUCGCAAAGGCCCAGAUACGGCAGGCAAGGAGCUAGAGCCGCCGCUGGAACCAGAAGACAUGCCAAAACUCCACCAAUUCUCCGAUGUUGGCUGGAUAAAAUGGAAGGCCAUGGCCGAGGCGAAUAAUCUUCCUGUUAACAAUCUUCGGUAUUUCUUAUCGCUUGGGAUCGCGAACACACAGACGUUAUCAGUGUGCGAGAGGGUUUUCAGGGAUAAUAACCUAGCAAUGAGGAGGUGGCCUGGAGACGUUUUCCUAGCCGGCACAUGGCAGUUCCGUGCUAUCUUGGGAACCCCGAACGUACAAGGCUUUGGGUACAUGCUGGUUCAACACAAGGCAGAUCUGGGCAACAUGUUCAUUAGUAAAAUCCAUGUUUUCCUGUGUGAAAACAACGAGGUUUGCAUUGUCGCAUUUGUGUCCCAACCAGUGGCCGCUCCAGUGCAAGAUGCAAUGGUCGGAUCGAUAGUCAUCUCGGAUCAGGUCGACAGACGCGACGAAGGAAGUAACGUCAUGCGUCUCCACAAGAUCUUCGCGAAGCUGUGA